CACAAUAACUUGCAUCGGACCCGGCGUAAGCAUCGACGCGCUACAAGAUGAGAGCUGUCGUUCAACGCGUCGCAUCAGCUUCGGUAUCAGUCGACGGAAAUGUAAUUUCAAGCAUAUCCCGAGGACUGAUGGUCCUAGUUGGAAUCGGUACCGAUGACACCCUCGCAGAUGUCGAAUCAUUGACAAACAAAAUACUCAACAUCCGUGUCUUCGAUGCCAAUGAUAUCAUGUGGAAAUCGAGCGUGAAGGAUAUCGCCGGAGAGGUUCUCUGCGUCUCCCAGUUCACUCUAAUGGCGAACACUACCAAGGGCAACAAACCUGAUUUUCAUCGCGCGAUGUCCUCAAACGCCUCCAGAGAACUGUAUGCGACAUUUCUUGAGAAGAUGCGCAAGCUGUACGUGCCAGAUCGAAUACAAGAUGGGCAAUUCGGUGCUAUGAUGAACGUCUCAUUGACAAAUGAGGGACCUAUUACUCUGACGUUGGAUACUCGGAAGUUUGAGUAUGUUUCGGUUCCAGGAGGUACAGGCAGCAAGAAA